AUGGGACUUGACCCUCUUAAUAAUUCUCACUCGUCAUCGUCAUCUUCAUCUUUGACUUCAGCAAAUAAUCUCGUAGUGGAGAACGAUGAUGAUGAAUCACUUAGUAGGGAAAUUAAUCAACAAGCUAAUAAUAUUCCUAUUGUUUAUUCAUCGACUUCUGUUGAUGGAUUGACAACGGUGACUACAACAACGAGUAUCCUUAAUCCUUUGGGAGUUACCUUUUCAACCUCAUCCGAUACAUUAAAUCAAUCAUCAUCAGUGGGAGAACCACAUCAACAAAACUUCAUUCCACCACCCGUUGGAGUGCCUAUUAAUCAUCUAGUACUCAGUAAUCAAAAUGGAAUAUAUGUAGGUUGCGAGAACCCAUACGCUACUCCAAGAAACAGAGAAACCGAACAAAUUGUUCAGGAUGAAGAAGAUCCAUUUGGCACUGAUAAUAUUGAUAUCCCAGAUGACGAAUUUAAUUCACAAUCAACACAAGCUCCUGCAACAGUAAUUGAAAUAAGCUCAAAUAAUCAACAUCCUCCUCUUAUCAUAGAUGAUGUACCUGGUGUUCAGUAUGGAUCUCAUCAUCAGGUUACACUCAACGAUGCAAACAAUAUUUCAAGUCGAGUCGUAACCACACCUCAGAAACACUUCUCUCCAGUCUCACAUAAUGAUGACUUUCAUGAUAUUGAUUUGGGAGGCCCAACACCAAGUCCUUCUAUUUCUACUCAGCCAUUCUUUUCCAAUCCAUUGUUUCCAAGAGGAUCCACUGCUUCAGACACAAUGUCGUUUCAGCAAACAAGCAGCCCAUAUUCGAAACCAGACCCACAUGCAUCUCCAUCAGCUAACAGAUACAGACCUUCCCUUGACCAACCAUUACCAGACAUUCCAACUCUUCAAGGUUCCCCAUCAAACAAUGAAAACUCAAUGUUUCGAACUGUAAAUCAACCAACAAUCACUAUACAUAUUACUGAAGAAAAUGGAGAUUAUGUUUCAGCAGUGGAGAAGAGAUUUUCCAAUGCAGUAAUUAUUAGUGUAGCCUUAUUCUUUAUAGGUUUACCAUUUCUUUCCUGUUUUCCUUUCCUUCUAUUAUUCCCAUACAGACAUUCAAGUGUUGCAAGAAUUAGGUCUCUAGGUCAUGUCAGUGUUGUAAUAUUCAACAUGUUGUGUGUUCUUAACUUGGUACUCUUGUUAUGUGUGAGUGUUCCGAUAUUCUUUGUAUUGAUAGUUAGUGGCAUAGCUUACUCAGGACCCUAUAAAGCAGAACAAUAA